CUAGCUGUUGUCUGCCGCAUCCCCAUUUUGAACUCCCUCCCCCUCCUCUUCUCCAUUUCACACUCUCUCUUCCCUUUCCUUUAAAAUCCAAAUCUAGCCAUUUCUUCUCUCUUCACUUCCUCCCACUCUCCACCAGAUAGAGAGAAAAGGAAAGUGCAAUGGCCGUCAGUUCUAGAGGGAGAAUGACAGAGUUUGGGAUUGUUUCAAAGAAGUGGAAAGAGAGAGAAAUAAGCCCAGAAAGAAACAAAGUCUGGAUUGAACCCAAGCCUCACACCACCACCAACAGCAGCAAGUCUUCCAAUACUGAAAGAAAAGUUGCUGUUGUUUACUAUUUGUCUAGAAAUGGUCAGCUUGAACACCCUCAUUUCAUGGAAGUCCCUCUCUCUUCUAAUGAUGGACUCUAUCUCAAAGAUGUAAUCAACCGCCUAAACCUCCUUCGAGGCAAAGGCAUGGCUAGCCUAUACUCGUGGUCCUCCAAACGGAGUUACAAAAAUGGCUUCGUUUGGCACGACUUGGCAGAGAACGAUUUUAUUUACCCAUCUCACGGCCAAGAAUACGUUCUCAAAGGAUCGGAGAUUCUCGACCACUCGAUAAGUCCUCAACCCGUCGAAAUUGCGUCCUCUUCUUUUCGAUUAACAAAACUGCCAGAGUCUCUAAAGUCAGAGAACGAUCAUGAUCUUCCGUUAGCCAGACGGCGGAGGAAUCAGUCUUGGAGUUCUAUCGACCUCCAUGAGUACAAAGUUUAUAAGUCCGAGUCAAGCUCCGAGUCAACUCGGAGACUCGCUGCGGAUGCGUCGACUCAGACUGAUGAUAGGAGGAGAAGAAGAAAACCGGUUAAGGAACCGGAAAUUGAAGAGCUACAAAGUCAAAGUCAAGAGUUGGAGCAGAAUCAGACUACGGAGCUGAGUAGGGAAGAGAUUUCGCCUCCGCCGUCGGAUUCAAGUCCCGAGACUCUGGAAUCGUUGAUGAAAGCUGAUGGGCGGCUGAGGUUGUGCAAUGGUAGUGGAAACGAAGAAAACGUGAAUCGAACGGCUGAGAGUUGUCCGAGCGGGAGAAUGAAGGCGUCGUCUGUUCUGAUGCAGUUGAUAUCUUGCGGUUCGAUCUCGUUUAAGGAUUGUGGACCCAGCUCGGAGAGGGAUCAGGGGUUCUCCUUGAUUGGGCACUAUAAGUCAAGGUUGCCACGCGGUGCAGCAAAUUGCAGCCAGGUGGGGAAGGAAGCAGGAAUUGAGAGGGAAAUUGGUAGCUUCUCAAGGGUAAGAUUGGAAGAUAAAGAGUAUUUUAGCGGGAGCUUGAUCGAGACUAAGAAAGAGGAGGUUCCUGCCUUGAAGAGAUCUUCUUCUUACAAUGCCGAUAGGAGCUCGCAGUUGCAGUUGGCAGAGAAGGAGAUAGAGGGAGUGCGUACAAAGUGCAUACCGAGGAAGCCGAAAACUCUGUCAACAAAGAAAGAAGGCAACGUGAACCCAGAUGUCUGUGGUGAAAGUGGAAGCAACAAUCAAAUGGGGAGCAAACGGCACGACGUUUAGAAUUGGAAAACUAGGUUUGUGAAUUCGUCGUAAGGGUUGUAGUUUUGGUAACAAAACAGAGAGAAGUGAAGGGAUAAUGGAGAAAAUAUUAUAGACAAAAACAUGCAAGCUACGGCACGGUGAAGCCCGCGCAAUGAGAGGGAACAGUGUAGGGUUGGGAAUCUUGUAAAAGCUCUUUUUGUUGAAGCGUGUAAAUUUUGUCCAUUUCCAGUUUGGAGCUUUCAGCUUAAGGUCAACUUUUGAUUCCUUGGUUUCUGUGAGAGUGGCUAAGUGGGUUCAUUUUGUCUUAAUUUCGGUGUAUUUGCAUUAAUCUCCAGUAGUUCUAGGGCCCCUUUUUGACUAUAACUUGGUUUUGACUUUGAAACAUGGGAAAUGGGAUUUCCAUCCUAGCCUAGGUAUUAUCACCUGCUUUGGUCUUUGGCUCCAUUGUGGGAAAGUUGUGUGUUUUUCAUGGCUGGCCUGUCAUUGAGAUUGGAGAUGUUAGACUUGGAAGAAUGUACACCAAGCAAGUUCCCAACUUUGCAAAUUUGUACUAUUUGCCAUUGGAGCUUGCAUGCAGUUCAUAAUUUUGAAGAGAGUUAAAAGGGGUAAUAUCUGGUAUUGAUCUGA